CCACUCGUUUUGGAGUGCUUUGAUCGACUGAUGAUCCGGAUGAGGGCGAAUUUCCCACUUGGAUCUGGAAUGGAUGACAACUUAGCGAAUAUGCGUUCACUUAUUCAGGUUAUGGAUCCAGAGCUGUUUGAUUUGAUGAUGACGAAUGGUGAUUUCACGCAUUUGUAUUUUUGCUAUCGAUGGUUUUUACUCGACUUCAAACGAGAAUUGACCUAUCAGCAAGUGUUUCGAGUAUGGGAAGUGAUAUGGUCAUCGUCUCGAAUGAUCACACAACAUUUCCAGUUGUUUUUUGCUCUUGCACUGUUGACAACAUAUCGACACAUUAUCAUCGACAAUCGAAUGGAUUUCACGGAUGUUAUCAAAUUCUUCAAUGAAAUGGCCGAACGUCACGAUGUUGAUACGCUUCUGGACUCGGCUCGAACGCUUCUCGAACGACUACAAGCCCUCAUUCUCGAACUGCAGACUUCGUCUAAAUAA